UGCGCCGCGCGUGACGCCUCGGCUCGCCCUCUGAUGGAGCGCGAGGGACGCUCCCUCGUGCGCACGCGCGAGCCACCCUCGCUCUGUCCCGGGGGUGAGAGCGAGGCGCGGUUGCCCCGCGCGGGGGGAAGCCGUAGCGGCGCGCUCGGAGGGAAGCGGAACCGGCGGCGGCCCAGGCUGGGGGAUGUUCGUGGCGCGCAGCAUCGCGGCCGAUCACCGCGACCUCAUCCACGAUGUCUCCUUCGACUUCCACGGGCGGCGCAUGGCGACCUGCUCCAGCGACCAGAGCGUCAAGGUUUGGGACAAAAGUGAAAAUGGGGAUUGGCAUUGUACUGCCAGCUGGAAGACACACAGUGGGUCCGUAUGGCGUGUGACAUGGGCUCAUCCUGAGUUUGGACAGGUCCUGGCUUCCUGUUCUUUUGACAGAACUGCUGUAGUAUGGGAAGAAAUAGUGGGAGAGUCGAAUGAUAAACUUCGAGGGCAGAGUCACUGGGUAAAAAGGACCACUCUGGUAGACAGUAGGACAUCUGUUACAGAUGUGAAGUUUGCUCCCAAGCAUAUGGGUCUUAUGUUAGCAACCUGUUCGGCAGAUGGAGUAGUGAGGAUAUACGAAGCUCCUGAUGUUAUGAAUCUCAGUCAGUGGUCACUGCAGCAUGAAAUCUCAUGUAAGCUAAGCUGCAGUUGCAUUUCUUGGAAUCCAUCAAGCUCUCGAGCUCAUUCUCCGAUGAUAGCUGUAGGAAGUGAUGACAACAGUCCAAAUAUACUGGCUAAGGUUCAAAUUUAUGAAUACAAUGAAAACACCAGGAAGUAUGCAAAAGCAGAAACUCUUAUGACAGUCACUGAUCCUGUACAUGAUAUUGCAUUUGCUCCAAACCUGGGAAGAUCCUUCCAUAUUUUAGCUGUAGCUACCAAAGAUGUACGAAUUUUCACACUGAAACCUGUAAGGAAAGAAUUGACUACUUCUGGAGGACUAACAAAAUUUGAAAUUCAGAUAGUAGCUCAGUUUGAUAAUCACAAUUCCCAGGUCUGGCGAGUAAGCUGGAACAUUACAGGCACAGUGCUUGCAUCAUCUGGUGAUGAUGGCUGUGUUAGACUAUGGAAAGCUAAUUACAUGGACAACUGGAAGUGCACUGGUAUACUGAAAGGUAACGGGAGUCCAGUCAGUGGUAGUUCUCAGCAGGGAAUGUUUAAUGCUUCUCUAGGUUCAGCCAAUACAAGCCUACAGAAUUCAUUAAAUGGAUCAGCUGCUGGCAGGUAUUUCUUUCCCCCUCUGGAUUCCCCACGGGCUGGAUCGAGAUGGUCCAGUUAUGCCCAGCUCCUACCUCCUCCUCCUCUGAUAGAGCACUCUUGUGAUGCUGACACUGCCAACCUCCAGUAUCCUCACCCAAGCAGACGAUAUAUCUCUCAGCCUCUUAACCUUUUACCUGAGAAUGAAGGGACUCAGGGUCUCAGUGUGCUAUUGUAUGGCAGGAUGGAAGACUUCAGAAAUAUUGCAGAUGAGACAUUUCCAAGCUUUUUGGCUAACUCACUGAACAGUAAUACCAGUGGGAUUUUGGAGAAUGUCACCAUUUCAUCAAACCUUGGCUUACCUGUUGCAGCUUCAACUGUUGCCAGGAAUAAAACAGGUUGUGACAACAGGCUUUCUGAUAUUCAAGCUUCUUAUCUAGAAGAAGGGAGAUUUUCACUGCCAUCAGCAUCUUCUCAUAGUGGUCAGUCUGCUUCGGAGCCAAGGGGGAAGUUAGCUCUCAGCUUUCAGGGUGACUUGGGAGUUACUACACUAAUUACAGACGCUCCACCUGUUCCUGAUGGCUUGAAAGAGUCCAACUUAAUACAAAAAGGGCACAACCAGAAUGCCAUCGCUGACUGUUUAAGUCUCAGUCAAGAUACCUUGUUUGACAUAUUACCAAUUGAACACUUGGAAGAUUUGUCCAUUGGAAUAUGUUCACUGCCACAAAGUAAAAAGGAAAACCAGCUCCUGUAUCUGUCUCUCUUACUCUUUCUGGGAACGGCUGCAAGGAGAACACAAGGUGCAUCACAAUCAGAACUCAUGAUUGGUGCACCUGAACCUGGAGAAAAAAUUUCACCUUCCACCAACUUAAGUGACCAUUUCAGCACAAGUCUUUCAGGUUCCUUAGAAAAUGAGAAACUGCUGUCUCUUGCAAGCCUAGAAGGAAACUCACCUGAUGACGAUAUUGACGAUGAAGAGUUCUAUGACAACCAACUGGAAGCCUAUUUCAAACAGCUGGUGUCACCAGAAGUGCCAAGAGGUGAUUGUGAAAGACAGGAACUUUCAGAAUAUAGUACAGCAUUGAAGCUGCCUGAAAAUGGAUUAAAACAGGAGAAUUUCCAAGUGCCUCACAUUCACCAAGCUGCCACAGGAAUGGAUUCUGCAACUGCUAGUGAUGAAGAUUCACAUGAAUUGGAGAAAGCUGGACAUAAUGUACAAAGAGAACCAUUCUUGCCAAAAACGAUAGGCGAAACUGACAAGCCAAGUUUUAGACCUGGACUAGAAGGCAAUAGUGCUGAUGAGACUUCUGUUGAAACAGUAGCCAAUAAUUCCAAAAUAGAAUACAGUCAGUCUGCAGAGGAUCAGAUUAUUGGUCCAACGGUAACAGGAAAUGGUUGUGGCUUUGGAGAUCUUGGUAGUGGAAGUGAAGGAACAGCUUUGGUACCACUAUUUCCCCCUAACAUGCAGAGUUUUGAUACAGGGGGAAUUGGAAGAAACAUAACUGGAGAAGAAAAUGAAGUCUUAGUCCAGGCUUCUUUCAAAUGUAUGACUCUUGAUGAUAUUCCUACUCACAAUGAGGAUGCCAUUAAUGGUGAAGAUGUACUAAAUUCCAUCAAUGUUGCUGAAUUCAAACUAGAUUCAUUAUACCUUCAGCAUAUGGGUAUCAAUAAGACUGUGGUUGAUCUCUCCGAUGCCAUUUUAGAGCAGAGAACACAAUUCUCUAACUUGUGUCAUGCUUUUUCAUCUGAUGCUGAAGAAGUAUUGCACUUGACAGAUGAGGUAUUUGUGUAUGACACAGCUCCUCAAAGUCCUGUUAAUGAAAAUGCAGCUGUGACUGAUACAAAUCCAGUUGAUGAGUGUGAACUUGGUCUGGCUGAUACUUACCUGUCUCCAACUGCUGGUGGUAGAGCAAAUGAAUAUCAAGAUGCAGCAGAAGAAGUAAAUUCAGCAUUUUAUGACCUGGAUGACCCACCACACAGUGUUGUCUAUCAAAACGAAGAGGGGAAAUGGGUGACUGAUCUGGCAUAUUAUACCUCAUUUGAUAAAGAGCAAGACUUAAAUCUACCUGCAGACAAUAAAAUAAGUGAGGACUUCAUAACUGCAUCUGAAGCAAUAGCUAAGAUCGCACAAGAUCAAGAAGAAUUUGAGAGGGAUCACAGAUUUUUGCAGGAAGAAAAAAUAGACACACAUAAUACAUCUGAAGUAGAGGAUACAUCAUGGAAAUCUGCCAAUAGCUAUAACCUGCUGAAGGCGUCCCAAACAACAUCUGAUCUUAGUAAAGACGCUAGCUACUUACGUUUGUCUUUGGGGGAGUUCUUUGGUCAGAGAUCGGAAGCUCUUGGCUGUCUUGGCGGAGGCAGUGACGUGAGAAGGCCAUCUUUUGGUUAUCAUAUUACAUCUCCAGAGAAAAGGCAACCUGUAGCUUUGUUAAGGCAGUCUGAUGCAUCAAGAGGCAACUCUGAGCAAGAGAGUUCACAAAUUUCUGAUACGUUUUUUCCAGAAGUCAUAAAAGUGCACACAAGGGAAUAUCCAGACUCUGUGUCAGCCACGUUCACUGUUGAUGAAAUGGAGACUACAGCAGGAAUAAAUAAAAGCAUAAAUACGCAAACUGCUACUGAAAAUAAAAUAGAGGAAAGACUUGAUAAAAGCAAAUCUGAAGACAAGCUGCCUGAUUUCACAGACCCUAUCCUGAGCAUAAGCACAAUUGCUUCAGCUAUUGCUAAUGCAUCUGCUAGUGCUGAUCCUUCUCAAUUAGCUGCUAUGAUAAUGGCUCUUUCAAAUAAAAGUAGAGAGAAACCCAAUCUUCCUGAAGCUGAUAAAUAUACAAACCUCUCCUUCAUCAAUCAGCUUUUAUCCAGCAAAAAAGAAAAGCAUAAUGCUUUCAAUAUGGAGAAAUAUCUUAAAAAGACUGAAGAGGCUGGGCAUGAAAAUGAGCCUGAAAACUUUACAAGAUCUGAUGUAUCUGUCCAUGACCUUAUUUGGGAUAGUUCUUUACCAUAUAAACAUAAAAGUCAAGAUACUCAGGCAGCAGACUUGCUAAAUAGUAAUCUUCUUAUGAAGCAAGGAGGAGGGAAAUGGCUUCUGGACUAUACGGAAAGCUUUUAUGAAGAAAAUGGCACCCAGGAUUCCUCUUGUGCAUCUAACUUUCCUGAGAAUAGAAAGAAAACUGUAAACAGGGCUAACCAUUCAGAAAAAUCAUCUGAUUUGAUAACUGGUAAACAACCACAGCCAAAGAGAACUAGCCUCACUUUAAAUGUACUAGAUACAGAAAAGACAUCCAGUGAAAAUGAGAGACAAGGAUUUUUGAGUGUGCCUGCAACAAAGGAGAUGGUGUGUAUAGGCAAGUGUGCUUCAUUAAAGCAAUUUGCUAGCCAAACAAAUAGCCUCACAAACUCACAUAUUAACUAUUCCAAUGAAAAUAAAGAAACAACUCAUCAGGUGAUGAACAAAAUUGUUCCUAGAUCAAGUAAUGACUCAGUGAAGAGAGCAACUACAGAAAGCACCGUGUCAACCAACAGCUUAAAACUUGUCCAGCAGUCUAGUAUUCCGUUACCUACAAGUCCUACCAAAGCAAAAUCUACACAGAAAUUGAGCAAAGAUGAAAAGAGACAAGAUGGAAAAAUGCAAAAAGGAAUCAAGGAGGCUAGUGCUAUUUGCAAUAAUUUUGUAAAACACGUGACUUUUGAAAAGCCUUCUGUGACUUCCCCAAAAAAUAUUGAUCAGAAACCCACGUCUUCUGAAUGUGACUUACAGUCUUUAGAGGAUGAACAAUAUAGCUUCAGACCCUCAACUUCACCACUAAUUCAUUCUUCUCCCAGCGAAGCUUCUGGAACAACUCUUUCAGGAUCUGAAGCUGAUUCUCCUUGCUCAGCACCUUAUUUUCAGAGUUCUGCCUGCAAUGACAGCACCUUAAUUCAGUCAGUAUGUUCAAGUCCUAGCAUGAGUCGACUGACAUAUGUCUCUGCAACUGACAAUACCCUUAAGAAUAUAGCCAUCAUACCUAGUGCAGCGAGACGUGAGAGUAAUAAUGCUAGUGAGUUGAGCACAACAAUAAUUCGAUCCAGUCCAACUCCAUUAGUAGAACAGACUACUGAAAAACCCAAAGACUUCUCAUGGCAAAGAAAUAGAAGAGGAACAUCACUAAACACUAGUCAGAAGAACGUGAAUGAGAAACCAGAAGCAAGUGAGUCUACAGGUCCUAGCAACAAACUUGAAGAUUCAGUACCGAACCAUAAAUUGUCCAGAGAGUGUUUGCCAAGAAGUGAAAAUGAGUUUACAUCUAGUCUUCCAAACACAACACCCAGUCAGAACGAAAUGGGACAUGUUAAUCCAGCUUUACCAAGCAAGUCAUGUGUCCUUCAGCCAUUAUCUGUUAAUGUCGAUACACCUGUAGCUUGGCAGGAUCAUACGAACAAAACAAAGAAACCAGGAUUAUCCUCUUUAAAUAUGGUACCCACAUACAGUGCAUUAGGUGUUUAUAUUCCAUUAAAUCAAAACACGUGUGGUGAACAGUAUAUUCCUAUUUCAAGCUUCAAAUCCCAUGGAUCUGCCUCUGAGACUCAGACAGUGUCUUCUGCAAUUCCCACGCUACUUACUGGACGUUCACUUGCAACAACAGCAUUUGCUCAACAAUACCUGGGAAACAUGCAAUCAAGUGGAAAUGUUGCUUUGUCUCAGUAUGGUGGCAGCUGCACCGGUUGUUGUCUUCCACCUGGACUUCCUUUUUCUAGCAUCCCAGCAGGACAUGUUCAGAAUUCAGUUACGGUAGGAAUUCCUUUAGGUCCAAGUGUUGGGCCUGGAUUGUUGGGUACAUCUUCACUUUGUAAUCCACACUCUGGUUCCUGGAACCCGAAUAUUUUAAGUACAGAAUCGUAUAAUGGGCAAUCUGCUGGCCCUAAUGGAAGUAAACGGUGGGAGCCUUCUGGGUUUGGACAUGUGAGAGUACCAGAAGAGCUGAAGUUCGCCAAUGCUUGUUGUGUAGGAAUUGCAUCACAAACUAGUCUUGGUAUUUUUAAUCCAACUGAAAGAUGGUUGCAGGUCAGCAUUGGAAUUUUCAGUAUUUCAAUUAAUGGAGAAAAGAUGGAUCCUCUGAAAUGUCAAUGUCUAGUGUUCAAGAACAAAACCAUCAUAGGACCUCAUUCUACAGAAGAGCUGAAAAUACUUUUCUUACCUUGUCAUCCUGGAAUCUUCCAGUGUGUCUUCAGUAUUUCAUCUUGGCCAGUUUCUGCAGAUGCUGAGACAAUAGUUCAGGCAGAAGCUUUGGCAACUAGGGUAGUUUUGACAGCAGUUGCUGAAAAUCCUAAUCUCGAGGUGGAAACAGGAAAGACAGAUGGUCUAGAUUUUGGUGACCUAUCAUCUGGCAGUUGGAAGGCUCUUCCACUAAAACUAAUCAACAAGACCCAUGCUUCUGUGCCCAUCAGACUUAUUAUCAAAGCAAAUGCUGUAGCGUGGCGUUGCUUCACAUUUUCCAAGGAACCAGUUAAUACUUUUAUUGAAUGUUCACCUCAGACUGAUGCAAUCUCUCAGCUAGCAGCUCCAUCAGUUGUGAACCAUGUGAUACACGCAAGUUAUGAUGGACAAGAUCCUGAAAUCUUAGUAGUGUGGGUCCUGUUCCACGCACCAAAGAAACAAAUCUCUCUUUCAGAUAUCUUGGGUCCAGCAGAUGAGUUCUUAGCAAGAGUUGAUGUAGAGGUUGACAGUCCAGGGCCUACUAGUGUGAUAAAAAGUAUUCCCCUCAGAGCAAGAGCUGGAACAGCUAGGAUACAUGCGCCGAAGGACUUACAGGCCAUCUGUCUGUCUGCUAGUGUGGGUUCUUCAGCCAAGCAGCAACUGCCUUUAAAGAAUGCUGGAAAUAUUGAAGUCUAUUUAAAAAUUAAGACAUCAGGUCAAGACAACUGCAUUUCUGUUGAACCUGAGGAACUUUUCCUUAUGCCUGGAGAAGAACAAGAAGUGGCAGUCCUAUUUUCUCCAAAAGAUUUAAAAACCAGUAGUGAAAGUAUCUUGAAAAUCCUUGUGUUGCCAUCUGGACCUCAGUAUGAAGUGGUGGUAAAAGGUGAGGUGAAUAUUUUGGGAAACAGACCACUGGCAACGACUUCCUGCUACUCAGACAUUCCACCCAUUCUCUCCAAUAAGCAGUUCAUGGCAUGGGGAGGGGUAACACUUGGAAGAACAGUUCAACAGAAACUAACUCUAAGAAAUAACUCUCCAUCUGCAACUCAGCAUUUACGACUUUUGAUAAGAGGUCAAGAUCAGAACUGCUUUCAGUUGAGAAAUACAUUUGGUACAGAAGAGCGGUUGACUAGUAAUCAGGAGCUCAAAAUCCGCCCAAGAGAAGAUACCAAUAUCUUCUUGAUGUUUGCACCCACUCAUGUAGCUUGCAUGUUAGCAAAGCUUGAAAUCAAACAGUUGGGGAUUCAGCCGCAACCAGGAGUUAAGUUUACUAUACCUUUGUCUGGAUAUGGGGGAACAAGCAAUGUAAUUUUAGAAAAAGUUAAAAAACUGUCUGACAGUUACAUGGUAACACUGAAUGAAUUAUUGCCUGAUAAAUUUAGAGAAGUUACUUUCCGCAUAAGAAAUAUGGGCUCUCGAGCUGCCUAUGUUAAAGCACUAUGCUUUAGGGACCUUCAGUCAAAAGCUGUCAUGGAUCCUAAAGUGAUGAUUGUUUCUCCAGAGAAAUUUGUACUUAAGGAAGGAACACAAGAGGUGGUUACAGUAACAUAUAAUCUUGUGGAAAGGGAAGAAAUGUUACAUAAAACAAGCACAUCGUUGUUAUCUACAAUAUGCUUCUUUUGUGGAGAUGAAGUUUCCAGGCAACAGUAUCGCAGAGCUGUGCUGUAUAAACCAGAGGCAGCAAAACAAAUCCUCCCUCAAAACAGCAUACUGAGAAACAUUACCUUUGAUGAAGAAUUUCAAGGGGAACAGCUAGUGACUGAAGUGUAUGACCUACCACAAAGGACAAAUGACAUUGAGCUUUUUUAUGGAAAUAUGCGUAAAGUUAUUCUUUCUGUGGUUGGAGAUUCCAGUUUUAAGAGGGUUUGUCUUCAGCAGUCUCCAGGACAUAGCUUGGAGUCAGACAGACUUGGAAGCACUGAUACACAUACCAACACAACUUUGGAUGUUCUUCCAGUUAAAGGACCUCAAGGUUCCCCAUUAUCUUUAAAUACUGAUGACCCUGUUCAGAAUAAAUUAAUUUCUCGAGAGACAUGGGCCGUUCAGCCUGAACACUUAAUUUUGACAUCUCCUUCUAUUAGUGGAACAGCAGAAACUGGCCAUAUACAAAUUAUGAACAAUUGUAAUAGGUCAUUGAAAUUUGAACUUUCUUGGCCAGCUCAUUGUCUUACAAUAACACCUCAACAUGGAAUUAUUGAGCCACAGACCAGUAUCUUAAUUCUUGUGAGUCCUAAUCCAUCGCUUGCCACAAAGCCUUCAAUAUUUCCUUGGAGUGGUCUAAUUUAUAUACAUUGUGACAAUGGACAAAAGUUCAUUAAAGUUCAGAUUCGAGAAGACAUUGCCCAGGAUGUAUCUUCAACAGGUUCAGCAUCUAAAAAGCUGGAUGUCCUUAUACCAUCAUCUGAGUCUGUCAUUCAUAUGAUAAAACCACUUCCAAAGCUACCUUCAACAAAAGUUGAAAUAAAGAACAGAACUAUUAUUUUUCCUGAAACAAGAUUUGGUGAAAGCUCAGAAAACUACCUAGAGAUGGAAAAUAAUGGGAAUGAAGAUGUGAGGUGGCAUUUGUCAUCUUUUGCCCCACCAUAUGUCAAGGGCGUAGAUGAAAGUGGAGAUGUUUACAGGGCUACCUACACAGCUUUCAGAUGUUCCCGUGUUUCUGGUACACUUGGAGCUCAUGGAAAAGAAAAAGUUGCUAUCAUCUUUUUACCUAGGGAUAGAGGAGAUUAUGCUCAAUUUUGGGACCUUGAGUGUCAUCCACUUGCAGAACCUCACAUGAAACAUAAACUAAGAUUUCAGCUUUCUGGAGUGGGUGCUAAAACAGAAAAUGAAGCUGUAAAUGCAAAAGUUUCCACAUGUGCCCUAAUAAAAACUGAAAUUCCAGUUAUGCCAAGAAGAAGAGCUGGCUCUGAAGCUUCUACACUUAAAACUGGGCAAAAUGAAGUAAUUCGAGGAGUAUAUGCCCGAGAAGAUCAUUAUACGUUUCUACCAACCAGAGUUGGGGAAUCAAGCACUUUAAAAGUCAAUUUGCGGAAUAAUACUUUUAUUACUCAUGUGCUGAAGUUUGUAAAUCCCAGAGAGCCUUUCCACAUCAGGCACUCGAAAUAUUCUUUGAGAUCCCAGCAUUAUAUCAACCUGCCAGUCCAGUUCAAGCCAAAAUCAGCAGGCAGAUUCGAAGGUCUGUUGGUUGUGCACAUAGACAAAUAUGGCAGUCUUGGUAUUCGAUUACUUGGUGAAGCUCAUGCAAAAGAGUAACUGGAGAACAGCUUUAUUAAUAAUCCAAAGUAAAUUAUUGAAGUAUUGGUGUUAUAUUUUCCUUACUAACGUACUAAUUUUUUGUACAUUAUGAUACUUUUGCGUAAAAUCUUUUGUAAGUUAAAUUGAGGUGAUUGUGAAAGCAAAGAUUCAUUUGUUAAACAUUCUAAAAUGAGGAUAAAUCACUUUGCUUAAAAUUAUCAUGUUCUAGCUUAUAUUUCUGCACCUUUUUAUAAGGGAGAAAAGUGUUCUAUUUUUUCAUUGAUUAUGAUUUGCUAAAUACAGAUUAUUUAUUUUAAAUU